GUUUCGGUUCAAUGUUGGAAGAAAAAAAAAUCUAAAAUCGGCCGGCGUUGUUUCUCUACCCUCCUUUGCUUCCUCUUCUAUAUAACAAAAGCGAGCCACAUCUUAGACCAACAAAGCCUUUCUCAUUUAAUAAAGAAAAACUAAUAUUUUCAACCGGUGAAAAAAGAAAAUGACUAGAGAAGAGAGUGUCAAGAAUCGGCAUUUCGUCGCCGAUAAGAGAUGGUUUCUCCCUGUCGUUAUCGCUGGCCUUAUUGCUGGAGCGAUACUUAUCUCGAGCUUCGUAAAAACUGCCGAUUAUUCCCUCCUAUGCUCUCUCGCCAAAACCAGAUCUCAAGCCAUAGAUGAGUACUCUGCCACGCCGAUCCAACUACAAGCCAUCAUCCACUACGCCACGUCACGCAUCGUUCCGCAACAAAACUUCGCGGAGAUCUCCGUAACCUUUGACGUCCUCAAGAAACGCUCUCCUUGCAACUUCCUCGUCUUCGGGCUCGGCCACGACUCCCUCAUGUGGACUUCUGUUAAUCCACGUGGCAACACCAUAUUCCUGGAAGAGGAUCCCAAAUGGGUCCAGACCGUGCUUAAAGACGCGCCAAGCCUUCACGCACACGCCGUAAAGUACCGUACGCAACUCAAGGAAGCAGACGAUCUGCUCUCGCAUUACCGAUCGGAACCGAGCUGUUAUCCGUCGAAGGCGUACUUACGUGGCAACGAGAAGUGCAAGCUUGCCUUGACGGGGUUCCCCGAUGAGUUUUACGAGACGGAGUGGGAUUUGAUAAUGAUCGAUGCGCCGCGUGGAUAUUUCGCGGAGGCGCCAGGUAGGAUGGCAGCGAUAUUCUCGGCGGCGGUUAUGGCGAGGAACAGGAAAGGAGCCGGUGUGACGCACGUGUUCUUGCACGAUGUUGAUCGGAGGGUGGAGAAGGUUUUCGCGGAGGAGUUUCUGUGCAUGAAGUACUUGGUGAAAAGCGUAGGGAGACUAUGGCAUUUCGAGAUCCCACCCGCUGCUAACUUGAGCAGCCAUGACGGUGCUCGGUUUUGCUAAAAUGCGCCCCUUCUGUCCAACGCUUUUAAUUUUUUAAAAAAUUUAACUUAUUACUACUAUUAUUUUUAGAAUUUUUCUUUUUUAUUCUAAAUUAUAACUAAAAAAAUUAAGUUAUAAUUAUUAUGAUAAAUGAUAUACUUUAAAAUAAUUAUUGUUCUUUCUAAGACAACUAGGCUAGGAUUUUUUCUCUUUGUUACUGUAAUAUUUUUAAAAUAAAAGUUGGGCUUUUUUUUUUAUAUUGAGAUUCGUGGUGGAAGCUGUUCAUUGCUGGAGUUGGCUAUGGCGGUGCUAGCAGGGAAUUUUUUUUAAUCUUUCAGUUAUUUUUAUUUUGUAGUAUUUGACCGAUGAAAUUUCGCUUUUCCUGUCUGACUCCCCUUGAAUAUUGAAAACACUAAAAAUCUGCUUUUUCUGG